AUGUAUGCAGGGCGUUUGCUGUACGAAUGGGAGCAAGAUUUAUCCGACAUUCACUUAUACCUUUCUCCUCCUGCUCAAACAAAGGCAAAAGAUAUUCAAGUGAAAAUACACCCAAAUCGACUUCGAGUUGGCCUUAUCGGGAAGCCUCCUUUAUUUGACGAGGAGCUCUCAUCAACUGUGGAGACGUCUUCGUCCUUUUGGAUGUUGGAGGACGGGGAGCUGCACAUACAGCUGGGGAAAAUGCGUAAAGGCGAAGUGUGGAAAUCGGCGCUCAGAGGUCACGCUGCCCUUAAUCCUCUAGCCAAGCACCCUGGUUUCGAUUUCUCGAAUGCCACAUUUUCCGGCUCAGCGCCCGAUCCCCGUAAAUUUUUGGGGGGCAUUUCGUACAAGUGA